UUAAAUGUAAUUGUUUUAUUGUUUUUUCCAUAUAACCUAUUGUUAAUUUUGUGGAUUUAACUUGAACCUUGACAAAUGGGGGCCUGACCGGGAUCUCUAAAUUUAAAAUUAAAUUCUGCCCAAAUCCAUUUCAACGUAACAUUUUGUAUUCUGAUCGUGGGAUAUGAUUAUCAUGUGUUGAGUAUUUAAUGUUACAGUGCGCAAGUAAUUCAGUGAUGUUUCAACAGUGAUACCGUAAUCCUUUUAGAGUAAGCUUUAUUUUUAGUGCUAACGAGGUAUCUCUAUUGUUCUGUCCGCGAGCCACCAUCGACCUCAAGUGUCUUUAAACUUUAAUUACGGUUGUAACUAAGCCAAUAUAGUUUAUAAUCGGGUCUUGAGCACUGAUUAACCACUUUCGUUGUAUUUGGAGCAUUCAGCGGAAAAUCUUAAGGUAACAUAUUUUGCUUAGCGGCCGUCGACAUGGGUAGUUCGUGUAAAUGCUCGUUAUAACUAAUUAUCCUUGUCCGAAGCAUUCUUUUCCGAGGUGUUAACUUCAGAAUUCGCUUCCCAGUUUCCAUUGUGCACAUUUAUUAUGACUUAAAGUGUUUAACACAGUAUAUGGUGUAGACUAUAUAUCCUACUUUCAGAAGUAGCAAUUGUUUACAAGGUGUUACUAACAGGUAGACGUCUCUUAACUCGAAAUGCCGCUCUUUAGUGUUGAUGAUUUUCAUAGUGACCCAGCGUCACACCUGACUUCCAUUGUUGUCGCUAAUAAGAAUGAACUUUUGUUGUUAGCAGCUAAAUUUGGGGUAGCUCUUCCUCCUAAUGCAAAGAAGGAUGUAGUACGUAAUUACAUAGUACAGCAUUGUAUAAGUGAAGACCUAGUGGAUAGUUCUGAGGGCAGCAAAUAUAUCGUAGACGUGGGUGAUAAAUCAUCGGAUGUAGAGUAUAUGAAGCUGGCUAUUCAGUUAGAGCAAAUGAAAAGAGAAACCAUAAAUGCUGAACUAGAGAAGAAAAAGAGACAGUUGGAAAUAGAAAAUCAGGCUUUAUUAGAAAGAUAGCAAAAGGAAACUGAGGUUUUAUUAGAAAGACAGCAAAAGGAAUUGGAGUUUAUUCAAGCUAAAUUAGACUAUGAAGCUCAGUUAGCUCAGCAAAUGGAAGAGAGUAAAAUCAGGUUAGCUAUGGAAAAUAAAAAGCAAGAAUUAGACCUAGAAGCUAGACAACCAAUGAAAUUUGAUUUGACUAGAUGCAUCAAGUUAGUUCCUAAGUUCGAUGAGACUGAAGUUGACGUGUUUUUUAAGAAUUUCGAAGACUUGGCUUCUUACAUGAAAUGGCCUCUUGAACAAUGGGUGUGGCUCAUUAAGCCUAAGUUGGUCGGGAAGGCUGCCACUGUUGUUGGUAGUCUGAUAGGCGAAUUGAGCUAUAUGGUAAUCAAAAAAGCUGUUUUAGAUGCAUAUGCUGUGACUAGUGAAGGUUAUCGUCAGAAGUUUCGUAAUUAUGUUAAGCCCCAUAUUAAGACUUGGACUGAAUUUGCUGCAGAAAAAUUAAGGUUGUUUAAGAAGUGGCUUGACUCAGAAGAUGUAGUUACUUAUGAGGAAUUAAUUAAUCUCAUUGUAACUGAGGAAUUUAAGAGACGUCUCCCUCAAAAUAUCAUGUUGUAUAUAGCUGAUAAGGAAGAGAAGGAUCUCAAAAAGGCAGCUGUUUUGGCUGAUAACUAUUCAUUAAUACAUAAAGGCAGUCUGGGUAAUGUAAAACAACAUAGAGCAGAACUGCUGGGUGAUAAAGAUGGGAAGACUUCUAGGGGUUUGUUUUGCAAUUAUUGUAAGAAGGAAGGCCACAUGAUUAGUAAUUGUCCGAAUCCUGCAUGUAAGAGGGGAAAAGUGACUGAAAACAGAGCUCCAGUUAAGGUGUUCCCAGGAUACAAAUCAGACGCCGGUAAAGAAUCUGCAAUGCAUUGCGUAUCACAGGAUAAGAAUUUGUUUGAAAAAUUCAUUUGUAACGGUACAAUAUCAUUGCACAGUAGUGAUAAACCCAUUAAAGUAAGAAUGUUAAGGGAUACAGGUUCAAACCAAAGCAUUUUAAUUAAGUGUUGUUCCAAAUCUCACUUUGCUUGAUGAAAAUGUCAUAGUCAGGGAUUUAACUGACGCUAAACUAUUGCCGCUUACAGAAGUGUUCAUGGAUUGUCCGUAUCUAACUAGUAAAGUAAAAAUGGCUGUUAGAGAAGGGAAUUUCCCCUUGCCAAAUGUACAAGUGUUACUUGGUAACGAUCUUGCUGGAGAACUGUUGUUACCCAAUCUGAUAAUGUAUGAAACUCUUGGAAUAAUAGAGGAAAGUGAGAAUGAAAGAGAUCGUGAGUGCGAAAAAGAGGAAAAUGAAAAGGAGUCAAAAAGUGGAGGGUUGUGUUAAUGUGACGACCCGCAGUAUGGUUAAUAAUGAUAGAGUGAAAGUAAGUGUACCCAACCUCGCAGAUAAAGUACAAAUGAACAAGAAAAGCCUUGUAAAGUUACAGAGAGAAGAUCCAACUUUAAAGGGUGUUUAUAAGCAAGCAUUGGAGAAAGGAAUGGAAAAGGCACCUUUGAAUCCUAUUAUUGUACCUCAUGAGCCCUUCCAUCGAAUUAUCCUAGAUUGUGUAGGUCCACUGCCUAAGACAAAGAAAGGUAAUCAAUAUCUUGUGACUAUAAUGUGCCCUACCUCACGAUUUCCUAUUGCACUUCCAGUCAAGAAUAUUUCCUCUAAAAAUGUUCUUAACCACUUACUCAAAGCAUUUACAACUUACGGGUUUCCUAAGGAAAUCCAGUGUGAUAGGGGUACCAAUUUUACUAGUGAUGUUUUUUCAGAAAACUCUGAAUGAGUUGUGUAUAAAACAGUGUCUCUCAUCUCCUUAUCACCCAGAAUCUCAGGGAGCAUUAGAACGGCAUCAUCAGACUUUAAAGUCGUUGCUUAGGAAAUUUUGUAUUGAAUCUGAAUCUGAUUGGGAUGAAGGCAUAGACUAUUUACUAUUUGUAAUUAGGGAAGUACCUUCUGAGUCUCUAGGUGUAUCCCCUUUUGAAAUGCUAUACGGUCGUAAAGUACGUGGUCCUUUACAAGUAGUUAAAGAUAAGUUACUUGACAGGUAUAACGUAGAGGCUAUAACAGUGAGUCAGUACCUACAGAAAUUAAAGGGAAAUAUUAAUAAGAUUCAUAAAUUUGCCCUAAACAACUUGUGUAAAAAUCAAGAAG